AGCAAACCGACCAAACCGUCCAAUAACGAACGUAAUUGUUUCGCGUUGAACUUAUAGAAUCGCAGCACUGAAUUUUAUUGGAAAAUUUUAACGUUUGCAAAACAUAUUUGUAGAUUCAUUUGUGUAACAAGUUUAAUUAUAUGUAUUUCAACUAAUGUAAAUAAAAUGUCUAAAGAUACUCAUAUUGAUCGAGAUUUGGAUUUAUCAAAUGCCAACAGAGGUGUUUGGCUGGUUAAAGUUCCAAAAUAUGUUUCAGAACGAUGGGAAAAAGCUUCUGGAGAUAUGGAAGUGGGUAAACUAAAAAUUAGCAAACCUGUGGGACAAAAGGCUCAAGUUUCUCUUACAUUAUCUUCAGCAAUUCUUAAUUUGAAUGAGCCUGGACAGGAAAGUAUUCCAAAGGAUCAUAGAUUAGAUGUAUCUACAGUUACUCAACAAACGUUGGGUGUUUUUUCACAUGUUAUACCAACUAAUAUUGAUUCUGUGGUACCUGAGACUGAGAAGCUACACAUGGAAGGCAAAAUAGUACAAAAAUUGGAAUGUAGGCCAUAUGCAGAUAAUUGUUACAUGAAGUUGAAGUUAGAAUCUAUUAGGAAAGCUUCUUUACCAGUUCGCCAAGUGAAACAGUUAGAUAGGGUUGUACAAACAUACAAGCCAGUAUCUGAUCAUAAAAAUAAUAUUGAGUACAUGGAAAGGAAGAAAGCUGAAGGUAAAAAGGCUCGUGAUGACAAAGAAGCUGUUUUGGAUAUGCUAUUUGCAGCUUUUGAAAAGCACCAGUAUUAUAACAUAAAGGAUUUAGUAAAAAUUACUAAGCAGCCCAUCACAUAUUUAAAAGAGAUUUUAAAAGAAGUCUGCAACUAUAAUUUAAAGAAUCCUCAUAAAAACAUGUGGGAACUUAAACCUGAGUAUAGGCAUUACAAGCAAGAUACUGAAGCUGAAGCAAAAAAGGAGGAGUCUGAUGAUGAUUGAAAAUAUGAAUAUUAUUUAUUUUUGAAUUGUUUAAUAUCUAUAAUUUUUGUGUCACAUGAGUAAAGAGUUUAAAUAAAAUAUCAUUUUUUAGAAAUA